CAUUUAUAUUUUAUCAAACUUAGUGAGGGGGGAAAAAAACACCCAUUUAACAGUUGGAAUUAUCAAGUAUCGAAUACUGUCACAUCUAUGGUAUGAUUUAAUUCUUGUUUUAAGAGAAAACUUUCAGGAAUGUAUAAUAAAUAGAAAGGGAUCUUUCUUUUACGAUAUACAAUACUGGUAUAUACAAUGUUGCCAAACCGAACAGUAUUUUGGUCCGUAUUCAACAUUCCGCUGUUCGACCUAUAGAGAAACAGUACUGUGGAUUGUUUGUCAAUAUCUUGGAGUUAGUUGAUUUUUACCAACAUUUAUAUAUAAAGCAAUUGUUUUACAAUGACACAAAAAAUCAAAAAAAUAUCCUGAUUAUAAACGUAUCAGAGUGUUUUGUAUAUAUAUAAAAAACGUACUGAUAAAAUAAUACUGACAAAAAGAACAUCAUAUAUGUAGUAUAAUGCUACUUUUAUAUGCAAGUGAGGAAUUCCAUCUGUUUCGUUAGAAAAAAGAUUAUUUGAAAUUUUUACAUUAUAAAAAAUAUUUAGACUUUUCAUAAUUAAAAUUUUAUCAAUUGUAUAUUAUCAUGGAUAUUUAAUACAAAUAUCUGUUUUAUAAGUGAAAAAGUAAAAAUUUGUAAUAUAAUAACAAAAAAAGACGGAUAACCCUUAUUAUAUAAAAAGUUCCAUAAAUUGGUACUUAUUGAUACAUUUUUAAAGAUGUACCUCAGGAUGUCACAACAAAGAGAUAUAGAUGGUUUAUAUAAUAAAAAUGAAUACAUCCGACAAUUGUGUAUCUUGUUUAGUUGAUGCACAAAAUAUUCUCUUAGGCAAUUGUCUAUUUUCUUUAUUGCAUAUCUUUAUUCUUGCUCUUUUGGAGCAAUCUCAUUGUCAUAAAGUAUCCAGUGUUCAUAAAAUCACUUUUAAUGAGGCUGAAAGCACGUAUAGGAAGGCAAACUCUCUUUUGAGAAGUUACAGUGUUCUACAACUGACUUUCAUGAACAAUGAACCAUUCGGGAAGUGGAAAACGUCAGGCGAAGGUUUUGGAAGAAAACUAUUGGGACUGCAGUGUCUGCACGUAUAGAAAUACCGCAGAAGCAUUUAAGUGCCUCAUGUGUGACGUCCGUAAAGGAACUUCUACGCGGAAACCCCGCAUUAAUCCUCAACUUGUAGCACAACAGGUUGCACAGCAACAAUACGUACCACUUUUGAAACCAGGAAAAAAGGAAGGUGGAAGUGGAGGUAGUACAACUAGUAGUGGUAAAGAAAAAGAUCGUAAAUUGGACAAACCAAGACGUAAAAAUAGGCAUCCACCCCGUCUCAAAAAUAUAGAUCGUAGUACAGCCCAGACCAAUGAAGUGACAGUAAAUAAUGUUACUGUCGUUAUUACAGAAUAUAAGCCCAAAGUGAAAAAAAGUUCAGAUCAAUCUGGUUUAUCUAGCAGUGCUUCUUCUGAAAAUGGAAGUCAGCAUGAUUCUAAUCAAGACUCUAGAAGUCUGGAUAUAGGAACAGAUGCUUAGCUCAGUGCUAUAUCACAUAUGUGUAUGAAUUAAUCUAAUUAAUAUAUUAUAUAAUGUAUGUUACUCUUUAUGGACUAUGGUCCAUUAUGUAGACAAAAACAACCAUUUGUCUAUAUGUUACAGGUUACAUAACAUUCAAUGAGGUCAGAUGUUUUAUGCUAUCAGUGGAAUCAUUGAAUUAUGUCUUCAAUAUAAUCUAAGAAAUGUCAUAUAAUGUUGCUACAUACUGACAUCAAAAUUGUCUGUUUCAAUGACAGUAAUCUUGACAUCUAAAAGCAACAGCAAAAGUUAGUUAUAUUUAAACUUAUUUAUUUUAUAAAUUUAUAAUAUUCUAAAUUGAUACUUAAUAUCUAAUUGAAUAUUUUAGAUAAUUUUAUUUAUGCAACUUUGGAUAUUACUUAUUCUACUUAAUAUUAUAUAUAUUGACUGUAAAAAUGCAUUAUAUGCCUUAAUAUGGCAAAUGGAAUUUGAUACAUUCAUUGUUGACAUAACAAUGUCCACGUGACUUUCAUUGAAUCUAUAACACCACUGCCAGAAAGCAUGUUGUAAGAUUAUUGUUAAUUAGAAUAUUUUAACGAACUCAUUUAUGUAUAAUAUGAGGUAUUUAAUUUGUUUAUUUAAUAAUGACUAUGACAGAAAAUUAAAAAACUGGCAUUGGUACGUAUACCUUGAUCCCAUUCCAAAAUUAUCUAUAAAUUUGAUCUGUUCCAAGCUUUAUAUUUUAAUAGCAAUUAAUUUCACUAAUGCAAAAAUCUUUAAUUUAAAUAUACCUAUACAUAAAAAAAUAUACAAUUAAAUUACAUAACAUAGUACAUAAUAUAAAUUGAAAUAGAUAUCACAUAAUUCAAUAUUAUAUAUUUUAGAUAAUAUUUGAGUUUGUAACAAAGAAUUUUAUUAAUUUUCAUUGCUCACAAUUUUCAUUAUGUUAAAACACAACAAAUAUAAUUUUUAUGUACUUCUUUAUUGCCCACAUUUUAAUAGCUCUAGGAUAUAUAGAUCGAAUAUAAUAUUAAUAGAAAAUAUUUGACCAAUUUACUAUAAAAUAUUAAUUUUCCAUAGUAAAAUUAUAAAAAUUGAAAUAUUAAUCAUAAAAGACUAUUUUUCUUUUGAAUUAUUGAUAUUGCAGCAGAGCAUAAAAGCUACAAAUUAGUAAGCUCAUAUUAGUAACUGCCCAAUCACUUAUAACUGUGAUUUAUAAUUCUUUUUAUAUUUAUUUUUACAUAUUUUAUGUUACCAGGUAAGAAAUAGCAUUAUCGAAUUAACUCAGACAAAAUUUAUUAUGACUACAAGGACCAUAAACAAUUUGAUUAUUUCAUGUAUGAAAUAUUAACAUGCUAUAAAAUCAAUUCUUUUUCAAUUCAUGUAAAAUAUUUGUAUGCUAGUUAGAUUGAAAUAUAAAAUGUAAUUUGUCAUUGAAGUUAAUA